AGCUUUCAGAGGAGGCUCUCCCAACUCCCAACCAUUUUUGGACGAUUCCUUCUCAGUUCUCACUAGAGAGACGGACAGAGAGAGAGAGAGAGAAGUAAAGAGGGGUUGGGGGAGUCUCGCUCUUCGGUCACGACCAUUGGUUCUUGGGGCGGAAUUCUGGUGUCUCAGCGUCCGGAAUUUCGUGGAAUUCUGUUUCUGUUUGGUUUUUCGACAACGAGCUUGCGAGGAAGUUUGGCCGCAAUGGACUCGGAGUCCGUGAAGAUUUCUCCUAUGGAUCUUAUGGCGGCGUUUCUAAAAGGAAGUUCUGAUCCGUCGAACAUGUCAGCGACGUCCAGCGAGGCGGUUUUCAUUGAAAACAAGGAAUUUCUGAUGAUAUUGACGACUUCGAUCGCUGUUCUGAUCGGGUGUGUGGUUCUUUUCGUAUGGAGGAGGUCGACCGGGCAGAAAGCGAGCAAGGUUGUUGAGGUGCCGAAGCCGGUGAUAGUGAAGGAGCCGGAGCCAGAGUUUGACGACGGAAAGAAGAAAGUGACGGUCUUCUUUGGCACUCAGACUGGUACCGCUGAAGGAUUCGCUAAGGCACUUGUAGAGGAAGCAAAAGUACGCUACGAAAAAGCAACCUUUAAAGUGAUUGAUUUGGAUGAUUACGCAGCAGACGAUGAUGAGUACGAGGAGAAAAUGAGGAAAGAAACUUUAGCUUUCUUCUUUUUAGCAACAUACGGUGACGGUGAACCAACUGACAAUGCUGCAAGAUUUUACAAGUGGUUUACGGAGGGGAAAGAGAGGGGAACUUGGCUUGAGAACCUUAAAUUUGGAGUUUUUGGUUUGGGUAACAGGCAAUAUGAGCAUUUCAAUAAGGUAGCAAAGGUGGUGGAUAAGCUUCUUUCUGAACAGGGUGGGAAUCGUCUUGUCCCGGUGGGCCUUGGAGAUGAUGAUCAAUGCAUUGAAGACGAUUUUGCUGCAUGGAGAGAAUUAGUAUGGCCCGAGUUGGAUCUGCUGCUCCGGGAUGAGGAUGAUGCAACAACUGUUUCUACCCCUUACACUGCUGCUGUUCCAGAAUAUCGGGUUGUCUUUUAUGAUCCUUCACAUGCACCACUUCAGGAAAAGAAUUGGAGUAAUGCAAAUGGUCAUGCUGUAUAUGAUAUUCAACACCCAUGCAGGUCUAAUGUGGCUGUGCGGAGAGAGCUUCACACUCCAGCUUCUGACCGUUCCUGCACUCAUCUGGAAUUUGAUAUUUCAGGCACUGGACUUUCGUAUGAAACAGGAGAUCAUGUUGGUGUGUACUCUGAAAAUUGUAUUGAAACUGUGGAGAUGGCUGAGAGAUUAUUGGGUUACUCCGGAGACAUUUUCUUCUCCAUCCAUGUGGACAAAGAGGAUGGAACACCACUUACUGGAAGCUCCUUACCCCCUCCUUUUCCUUCUCCUUGCACAUUAAGAACAGCUCUGACACGAUAUGCAGAUCUUUUGAAUUCCCCAAAAAAGGCUGCUUUACUUGCUUUAGCUGCUCAUGCUUCUGAUCCUCGUGAAGCUGAUCGAUUAAGGUUCCUUGCAUCUCCAGCUGGAAAGGAUGAAUAUUCACAGUGGGUAAUUGCAAGUCAGAGAAGUCUUCUUGAGGUCAUGACCGAAUUUUCAUCAACCAAGCCUCCUCUUGGAGUGUUUUUCGCAGCAAUAGCUCCUCGCUUGCAGCCCAGAUACUAUUCAAUUUCUUCCUCCCCAAGGGUGGCACCAUCUAGAAUUCAUGUCACAUGUGCACUAGUGUAUGAAAAAACACCAGCAGGAAGGAUUCACAAAGGAGUGUGCUCAACUUGGAUCAAGAAUGCAGUGCCUUUUAAUGAAAACCACAGUUGCAGUUGGGCACCCAUUUUUGUGAGGCAAUCUAACUUUAAACUGCCAAUAGAUAAUUCCUUGCCAAUUAUCAUGAUUGGUCCUGGCACAGGGCUGGCUCCUUUCAGGGGAUUUCUGCAGGAAAGGGCUGCUCUGAUGGAAGCUGGAGCAGAACUAGGAACUGCAAUCCUCUUUUUUGGAUGCAGAAACCGUAAAAUGGAUUACAUCUAUGAAGAUGAAUUGAAUGGCUAUGUCAAUUCUGGUGUUCUGUCUGAGUUUGUUGUUGCUUUCUCACGAGAAGGACCAACCAAAGAAUAUGUGCAGCAUAAAAUGAUGGAGAAGGCCUCAAAUGUCUGGAAUAUAAUUUCGAAGGGUGGUUAUAUCUAUGUCUGUGGUGAUGCCAAAGGCAUGGCUAGGGAUGUCCACCGCACGCUCCACGCCAUUGUCCAAGAGCAGGGAUCUCUGGACAGCUCCCAGGCGGAGAGCAUGAUCAAGAAUCUACAAAUGGAAGGCAGGUAUCUCCGUGAUGUGUGGUGAUUUAUCUUCAGAUCGGCUCUAGCAGGAUAAAAAAAAAGGAUGGCCGAGUUUUAUUUGUGGAGGCCAAUCCGCUGCAUUUGAACAGAAGCUUAUGAUAAAUGGAGGUGACCAAGUCGCCCAUGCUACCUUCAUUGCCGUCGUUAGAGGAAAGCCUUGUUUUCAGUUGUUGUUGUGGUCGAUUAUCUGAUUCUUUUCUUUUCUUCUCCUCAGAGGAUUUUGUUCAUACAAUUUAUAUCGAGUAAAAGACGUUUUUAUUUUUCA